AUGUCCCCUCUCUACGAUCUUAGAAUCAAUCUCAAUGGCCAAUACACAUUCUUCCUCAAUCAGGAUGUGAUUUCAAAGUACUGUGGAAGCUUGAGGAAGAUGAUAAAACAGAGCAAAAAGAAGAGAAACAAGAAAAUAAAAUCUCCAGAGAUCAUCACUAUUGAGAUUGAAGAUUUUCCAGGUGGACCAGAUGGGUUUGAGCUGGUUGCAAGGUUCUGUUACAGCAACGGAGAAAUCUCAAUCGAUGUCUCAAACGUCUCAACUUUGUACUGUUGCUCUGUAUUUCUAGGCAUGACAGAGAAGUUAUGUUCUUCUAAUCUCUUGCUUCAGACAGAGAAGUUUCUUGACGAAGUGUUCUACGGGUCUUGGAACGACAUCGUUCUAUGUCUCAAGAACUGCGAGCAAGUUUUCCUCCACGCAGAUUCGUAUGGUCUCGUCGACAAACUCAUUUUAUCAGCUCUGACCAAAAUCUCUCGGAAUUCAGACGCGUUUUCUUCUUCGCCGUCUUCGUCCUUCGCUUCUUCUCAUUCCUCUGAGAUGGCCAAGAAGACGCCGGAAUCAGACAAAAGGCCAGUUCCAAGGACUAUUUCUUGCGGAAGAAGCAAUGAGUGGUGGUUCGACGAUAUGUCGAAUCUCUCCUCGCGGAUUAUCUUGAUGCUAAUAAGGAUCAUUGGAGCUUACAAAACCAACAUAAAAAGCUUAGCCCUAACCAGUUUUCUUCUCCAUUACCUCAAGACAAAACUCCAAACCAAGUCAGAGCUUAUGAGGAACAAGCUAGAGUACUCUGAUCUAGCUGAUACAGCGGUUAAAGGAGUGGUUUUGGCGGGGAAAGCCGCGUUUUCUUGCAGAAAACUCUUCUGGGUUCUUCGGGUCUUAUCGAAUUUUAGCCUCAGUCAAGGGUCACACACUGCUUUAGAAACCCUAAUUGGAGAAAUGCUGGAUCAAGCAACACUUGAUGAUCUUCUGAUAUCUGCAGGAGGAGGAGGAGGAGGAAGCAGAGAGAGUGGAUUCUAUAACGUGGAUCUUGUUAUAAGAUUGCUAAAAGUGUAUGUGAAGAACAGAGAAGAAGAAUCAAAUAUGAAAGGAAUUGGUAAAUUGAUCGAUAAGUAUUUGAGAGAGAUAUCUCCAGAUCAGAAUUUGAAAGUAUCCAAGUUUCUUGGAGUUGCAGAGAGUUUGCCAGAUUCGGCUAGAGAUUGCUUUGAUGGCGUUUACAGAGCCAUUGACAUCUAUCUACAGUCUCAUCCGAAUCUAUCCCCGGAAGAUCGAACAAAAAUAUGUCGAUGUCUCAAUUACAAGAAAUUAACAUUGGAGUCCUGCAAACAGCUCGCCAGAAACCCAAAGAUCCCUCCAGAUAUCGCCAUUCAAGCACUCAAGUCCAGAUGUGAUCCCAAUCAAGAACACAAAACUGAAGAUGUGAAAGUUGUAAGCAAGAAUGUGUCUCGUAGUCGUAGACAUUCACUUGAAAAGAAGCCUGUACUGUUGCAUCUCAAAGGCUUUGAGAUACCAACGAAAUUAGCCGAGGAGUUGAAGACUAAAAGUGGAUAUAAUUGGAGGGUUAUGGGUAGUUUCAGAGAAGGGUUAUGA